AUGGAGAAUGGUCAAAUUCCCCAUGAUAAUGACCGGGAGCAGGUCCCACCAGCAGCAGAUCCGCUCAUCGUGCAGUUCAUGCACCUGAUGCAGCAACAGCAGCUUCAGCACCAGCAGCUAAUGGCAGUUUCUCCAGCGGCAGCAGCAAAACGACGAGCAGCAGUAAGCAUUUUUCCGGAGUGCAGUUUCAUCUAUCCACGCAACGUGAAGGAAUUUCGCUACGACGCUGACAAAAGCGUCACGUUUGCGGCUUGGUACUGCAGGUAUGAAGAUUUAUUAGAGAAAGAUGCCGCUCGUUUGGACGACGAAGCGAAAGUCAGGUUACUGCUGAGAAAGCUGGGCGCAGUUGAACAUGAAUGGUAUGUUUCUUUUAUUCUACCGAAACUUCCGAAAGAACACACCUUUGCCCAAUCAGUAGCGAAGCUGAAAAAUUUAUUUGGGUCGAAAGAGUCGGUAAUGAGCAGGCGGUAUAGAACGUUGCAAAUCGCCAAGCACCCGACUGAACACCAUAUUGCUUUCGCUUGCUGUGUUAAUAAAGCCUGCGUUGAGUUUGAGCUGGGAAAGCUAUCGGAAGAGCAGUUUAAAUGCUUGACCUACGUUUGCGGACUGAAAGCAGAAAGCGAUGCAGAGACCCAUACGCGGCUGCGUUCCAGGAUUUAG